UCUCUCUAUAUAAGCACACGCGGAUUCAUGAGGAAGCUCUGGAAAUUCAAGCCCUAGAAAGGGAGGAGGCCACCAAGCAAUCGUCUUCGUCCGUCGCCGAUCCAUUCUCUCCUCUCUUUAAUCUCUCUUUCCUCUUCUAGAUUUACUUGUUGACUGUGGUGGUGGACUAGUUAGCUUGAGCUUUGAGGGAGGUGUUUCUUGUUUGCACAUAAGAUGUACUUCCGGUCAUCGCCAUACAAAAAUGCAGAUAUUGAGCUUGUUCUUAUAUAUAAAUGGACUGCAAGAAAUUCAUCCAGUUGGUUGAGGAGAAAAAGAAGAGAGCUUUGGAGAAGAAGGAAGCCCCAUUGAAAUGGGAACAAAAAUUAGAAGCUGCUGCAAAGGCAAAGGCUGAUGCUGAAGCCAAAGAGAGGAAGCAGAAGGCGGCAAAACAUAAAAGAUCUGUGUUGAAGUCUGACAUUGACAGUGAUAGUGAUAGCAAUGAUGGAAAAAAGUCCCGCAAAAGGACCCAUAAAAAACACAGAAAGCAUGCCCACUCUGAGUCAGGUGACAAUGAGAAGAGGAGGGAAAAGAAAUCCAAUCGAAAGCCAAAAAGACGGUCCUCAGACUCCAGUGACGAUAGCAGUGAUGGUUUUGAGAGUGACUCUGAAGAAGAAAGGAGGAAGAAAAAGAAAAACCAUAGAAGACAUAGGCAUCACAAUGCAAGAUCAAAUUCCAGUGCUUCUGAUUAUUCAAAUGAUGAUGAUGAUGAUGAAGUUACCAAAAGGAGAAGCCAUGCAAAGCAUCGUCGGUGCCACAGGCAAUCACAAUCCAGUGCUUCAGAUUCUUCAAGUGAUGACGAUAAUGGUACAAUCAAGAGGAGAAGUCAUUCAAAGCAUCACAAGUGUCACAAGCGUCACCGCAUGUCAGAGUCAAGUGAUUCAGAUUUCUCAAUUGAUGAGGACAGAAGCCAUGCAAAGCAUCAUAAACGUCAUAGGCGAUCCCAUAGCAUGGACUCAGGGUCAUUGGAUGAUUGCAGGGAUGACCACAGUUGUGACCGAAGGAGCCAAUCUUUAGGAAGGUCAUCAGAUGACAAUAAUGAAGAAAGUAGAAAAUCAAGCCAUAGGAGGCCUGAUCAUCAUUGUCAGAAGCACCGGUGCCAUCAUUCCAAUGAGGGGAAAAAUUAUUUGCCCCCAGGUAAGGAGGGAAAUCAUCCACGUCAUGGUUUACAUGAAGGCAAUGGAAAUCAUGCUGACAAAAAGGUGAAUGAGAAAACUAACACCGAUAUGGAUGGACAGAAUGAAUAGGGUUUCGUCGAUUUAUCACUUUGGGGGUAGCUCAGAACUCUUAAGAUGGAUGGAAAUUGCUUAAAAUUUAUGGGAGGCUUGUACUUGUCUUUUUAUGUUGUUAAGACUGAUGUGGGAUUGCAACCUAAAUUGCCUUGAAUUAUAUUUUUGUUAAAAUAUAAAUUUGCCUUU